UUGUACCUUGCCGACAAGUGAAGUAGCCGCGGGCAAGAUUAUAUUCGUUUUAUUUUAUUGAAAAGAACUAUUGUUGAUUUCGUUAUUUGCCUUGUGACUAAGAAUAGAAAAAUAGGAUAGUGUAGUAAUAUUUUUCAUUAGUUUCUAUUAAGUUUGAACUUAGUGAAGUCUGCCCAAUUUCAUCCGACCGAACUCAAAUUCGGGCGUCGACCGGUCCUAUCCCUCCUACUGUAACCGUCGCCGUUCUGUCAGCAGUCGCAACAUCGUCAUUUUGUACGUACCAUCACCGUGCGCGGACACGGCAUACGCGUAGUUGAGAGCAACGCGAGGUGAUACUUUAUAGCCAAGUGUUGUGAGGUGUAGUGUCGGUCGCUCUGACCGUUUAAUGUGGUAUCCAGUGCCGGUGUUAGGUUAUCGUAGAUCGGGCCGCGCGGCGUGAUUGGGCGGCGCGAUGGUGGACAUGGAUAGAAACGACCCGGAACUCCGGUACCUGUCGGUAGAUAGGAACAGCUUCAACGACCCGGCAACACAGGCGGAAUGGACUCAGAAACGUCUGGUGUGGGUGCCCCACGAGACCCAGGGGUUCGUGGCGGCAGGUAUCAAGGUGGAUAGGGGAGAUGAGGUGGAAGUGGAGAUAGCAGAGUCGGGGAAGCGGAUGAUGGUGGCCAUAGAUGACAUCCAGAAGAUGAACCCACCAAAGUUUGAUAAAGUAGAGGAUAUGGCAGAGUUGACUUGCUUGAAUGAAGCGUCUGUGCUGCACAACAUCAAAGACAGAUACUAUUCUGGACUCAUUUAUACAUACUCCGGCCUCUUCUGCGUGGUGGUCAACCCUUACAAGAAGCUGCCCAUCUACACUGAGAAGAUCAUGGAGAGGUAUAAAGGCAUCAAGAGACACGAGGUUCCCCCACACGUGUUCGCCAUCACAGACACAGCAUAUCGCUCUAUGUUACAAGACCGAGAAGACCAGUCGAUCCUCUGCACAGGAGAAUCGGGCGCUGGUAAGACAGAGAACACGAAGAAGGUGAUACAGUACCUGGCGUACGUCGCCGCCUCCAAACCGAAGGGAUCUGGAGCGGGCCCAUCGCCGCAGUUGAUUAUAGGUGAAUUGGAACAGCAGUUGCUCCAAGCCAACCCCAUUCUUGAGGCGUUCGGAAACGCGAAGACAGUCAAAAACGACAAUUCGUCCAGAUUUGGUAAAUUUAUAAGAAUAAACUUCGACGCGUCAGGUUUCAUAGCUGGCGCGAAUAUAGAAACGUACUUACUAGAGAAAUCAAGAGCGAUUCGGCAAGCGAAAGACGAGAGGACAUUCCAUAUCUUCUACCAGCUCCUAGCGGGCGCCACGCCGCAGCAGAAAGCGGAGUACAUCCUAGAAGACCCUAAGAGUUACCCAUUCUUGUCAAACGCCCUGUUACCAGUCCCAGGAAUCGACGACCCGGCAGAAUUCCAAGCUACAAUAAAGUCUAUGAAUAUUAUGGGCAUGAACAAUGAAGACUUCAACUCGAUAUUCAGAAUAGUGUCCGCUGUUCUCUUGUUUGGAUCGAUGCAGUUCAAACAGGAGAGGAACUCGGACCAAGCCACGUUGCCUGAUAACACUGUGGCGCAGAAAAUCGCACAUUUGUUGGGACUUUCGGUGACGGAAAUGACGAAAGCUUUCCUCAAACCUAGAAUCAAAGUGGGUCGCGAUUUCGUAACGAAAGCACAAACAAAAGAACAAGUAGAAUUUUCAGUGGAAGCCAUCGGCAAGGCGUGCUAUGAGCGUCUCUUUAGGUGGCUUGUGAACAGGAUAAACAGAUCCUUGGACAGGACCAAGAGGCAAGGAGCCUCUUUCAUAGGCAUCCUCGAUAUGGCCGGCUUCGAAAUCUUCGAACUGAAUUCCUUCGAACAGCUAUGCAUCAACUACACCAACGAGAAACUCCAACAACUGUUCAACCACACGAUGUUCAUACUAGAACAAGAAGAAUACCAACGGGAGGGUAUCGAGUGGAAAUUCAUCGAUUUCGGCCUAGAUUUACAACCUACCAUCGACCUUAUCGAUAAACCUAUGGGAAUUAUGGCGUUGCUCGAUGAGGAAUGCUGGUUCCCCAAAGCCACAGACAAAACUUUUGUGGAGAAGUUAGUAUCAGCUCACUCCGUCCAUCCGAAAUUCAUGAAGACCGACUUCCGAGGAGUGGCAGACUUCGCAAUUAUCCAUUAUGCUGGCAAAGUAGACUAUUCAGCAGAAAAGUGGCUGAUGAAGAACAUGGAUCCUCUGAAUGAGAAUGUGGUAUCACUGCUCCAAGCGUCACAAGAUCCUUUCGUUUGCCACAUAUGGAAAGACGCGGAAAUCGUCGGCAUGGCGCAACAAGCGAUGACUGACACACAAUUCGGCGCAAGAACAAGAAAAGGCAUGUUCAGAACCGUCUCUCAAUUGUACAAAGAACAGCUAACCAAACUGAUGGCGACACUAAGAAACACGAAUCCCAACUUUGUCAGAUGCAUCAUUCCGAACCACGAGAAGAAAGCUGGUAAAAUCGAGGCGCCAUUGGUCUUAGACCAGUUGAGGUGUAACGGAGUCUUGGAAGGCAUCAGGAUAUGCAGACAAGGUUUCCCUAACAGGAUACCAUUCCAGGAAUUCAGACAGAGAUAUGAACUGCUUACACCUAAUAUAAUUCCCAAAGGAUUCAUGGAUGGAAAGAAGGCUUGUGAACAAAUGAUCGAGGCUUUGGAACUCGAUCACAAUCUAUACAGAGUUGGUCAGUCGAAAAUCUUCUUCAGGGCAGGAGUUUUGGCUCAUCUCGAGGAAGAAAGAGAUUAUAAGAUCACAGAUCUGAUCGUGAAUUUCCAAGCGUUCUGCAGGGGUUUCCUCGCGAGGAGGAACUACCAGAAGAGGUUGCAGCAGUUGAACGCUAUCAGAAUCAUACAGAGAAACUGCGCGGCGUAUCUCAAAUUGAGAAAUUGGCAGUGGUGGAGAUUGUAUAUCAAGGUGAAACCCCUGCUAGAAGUGACGAAGCAGGAGGAGAAGCUCACGCAGAAGGAGGACGAGCUGCGACAGAUCCGAGACAAGCUGGAGACUCAACAGAAACAGUGCAAGGAGUACGAACAGAAAUACCAACAGGCCAACGCUGAGAAGACACAGCUAGCUGAACAGCUGCAGGCGGAGUUGGAGCUGUGUGCGGAAGCUGAGGAGUCGCGCGCGCGCGCGGCGGCGCGCAAGCAGGAGCUGGAGGAGCUGCUGCACGACCUGGAGGGCAGGAUCGAGGAGGAGGAGGAGCGCUGCAACGCGCUGCAGCAGGAGAAGAAGCGGCUGCAGCUCAACAUUCAGGACCUAGAGGAACAGUUGGAGGAAGAAGAAGCAGCCCGCCAGAAGUUGCAAUUGGAGAGAGUGCAGUGCGACUCUAAACUGAAGAAGCUGGAAGAAGACCUGGCUCUUAGCGAAGACACCAACCAGAAACUCGUUAAAGAAAAGAAGCUACUGGAAGAGCGCGCCAACGACCUGUCUCAAGCGUUGGCGGAAGAAGAAGAGAAGGCGAAACACUUGAGCAAACUGAAAGCCAAACAGGAGUCUGCCAUCGCUGAACUGGAAGAGAAACUACUCAAGGACCACCAACUCCGUCAAGAGGUGGACCGCGCGAAGAGAAAGCUGGAGACCGAGCUCCAAGAUGUCAAAGAACAGCUGGUCGAGAGGAAGGCGCAGCUGGAGGAGUUGCAGAUUGUACUCACAAAACGCGAAGAAGAAUUGGCCCUAGCGCAAAGCCGACUGGACGAGGAGGGCGGCGCGCGCGCGGCCGCGCUGAAGAGCGCGCGCGAGGCCGAGGCGGCGCUCGCCGACGCGCACGAGGACCUCGACGCCGAGCGACUCGCGCGCGCCAAGGCCGAGAAGCUCAGGAGGGACCUCAAUGAAGAAUUGGAGGCGUUGAAGUCGGAAUUGUUAGAUUCCCUGGACACUACUGCCGCGCAACAAGAGCUGCGGUCGAAGCGUGAGCAGGAGGUGGCCGUGCUGAAGCGCAGCCUGGAGGAGGAGGCGGCGGCGCACAGCGCGGCGCUGGCCGACCAGCGACACAAGCACUCGCAGGAGCUGCAGCUGCUCACCGACCACCACGACCAGCUCAACAAGGCCAAGGCUGCGUUGGAGAAGGCGAAGGCGACGCUGGAAGCGGAGAACGCGGACCUGGCGACGGAGCUGAAGUCGUGCAGCGGCGCGCGCGCGGAGGCGGAGCGACGCCGCAAGCAGGCCGAGGCCACGCUGGCCGACCUGGCCGCCAAGCUGCAGGAGGUCGACCGCGCCAGAUCGGAAAUCCAAGAGAAGUGCGUGCGUCUCCAAAGCGAGGCGGAGCAAGCGUUAGCGCAGCUAGAACAGGCGGAACUCAAAGCCUCCGCCGCCAGCAAGAUGGCGGCCGCCGCCGGCGCGCAGCACGCGGAGCUGCAGGCGCUGCUGGACGAGGAGACCAAGCUGAAGCUGGCGCUGCAGACGCGGCUGCGCAACGUGGAGCAGCAGCUCGACCAGGCCCGGGAGCAGCUGGACGACGAGGAGGAGGCCAAGAGGAAUCUGGAGAAGCAGGUGGCGGCACUCACGCAGCAAGUGGCCGACGCGAAGAAGAAAGCGGAAGAAGAAUCGGAAAACGCCGCCGCGCUUGAAGAACAGAGGAAGAAGCUCAGCAAAGACAUUGAGGCGCUCUACAGGCAGAUUGAGGAGUUGCAGCAGAACAACGACAAGUUGGACAAGAGCAAGAAGAAGAUCCAAGCGGAGCUUGAAGACACGAACAUUGAACUCGAAGCGCAACGCGCCAAGGUGCUCGAGUUGGAGAAGAAGCAGAAGAGUUUCGACAAGGUUGUAUCAGAAGAAAGGGCAAUCGCAGAGCGUUACGCGGCGGAGCGCGACGCCGCGGAGCGUGACGCCAGGGACAAGGAGACGCGCGUUCUGUCGUUAACCAGGGAAUUGGAUGACGCCGCUGAAAAGAUCGAAGAAUUAGAACGGUCGAAGCGCCUCCUCCAAUCGGAAUUAGACGAACUGGCGAACACGCAAGGCACGGCGGACAAGAACGUGCACGAACUGGAGAAAGCCAAGCGCGCCCUGGAGUCGCAGCUAGCUGAGCUGAAGGCGCAGAACGAGGAGAUCGAAGACGAUUUGCAGCUCACUGAAGAUGCCAAGUUGCGUCUAGAAGUCAAUAUGCAAGCCAUGCGAGCGCAGUUCGAAAGAGAUUUACAGGCUAAAGAAGAACAAGGCGAGGAGAAACGGCGUGGCAUAGUGAAACAGCUGCGCGACCUCGAGGCGGAGCUGGAGGAGGAGAGGAAGCAGAGAGCCGCCGCGCUCGCGCAGAGGAAGAAGCUGGAGGCCGACCUCAAGGACAACGAACAGGCGUUGCACAUGGCUAACAAGAUGAAAGAAGACGCGACGAAGCAGGUGAAGAAGCUGCAGCAGCAGAUGAAAGAAGCGAUGCGCGAAGCGGACGAGGCGCGCGCGCAGCGCGAGGACGCCGCCGCCGCCGCGCGCGACGCCGACCGCAGGGUCAAGGCGCUAGAAGCGGAGGCUCUCCAGCACGCAGAAGAGUUAGCGGCCGCCGAGCGCGCGCGAAGACAAGCCGAAGCUGAAAGAGACGAUUUGCUUGACGAACUCAAUAAUACCUCUGCCAAGAGCACCCUACUAAUAGACGAGAAGAAACGCCUGGAAGCGCGGAUAGCGGCCCUCGAAGAAGACUUAGACGAAGAACAGUCCAACACAGAGAUUCUCAACGAUAGGUUACGCAAAGCACAAAACCAAAUCGACCAACUCACAAUGGAGCUGGGCACGGAGAAGUCGGCCACACAGAAGCUGGAGAGCGGCAAACUGGUGCUGGAGCGACAGAACAAGGAGCUCAAGGCUAAACUGGCGGAGCUCGAGACCUCGGCCAGGACCAAGACCAAGAGCGUGAUAACCUCUCUGGAGCUGAAGGUGUCGAACCUGGAGGAGCAGCUGGAGGCGGAGUCCCGCGAGCGCCUGGCGCAGCAGAAGGCGUCCCGCAAGCUGGACAAGAAGAUGAAGGAGUUGGCGCUGCAGCUGGACGAGGAGAGGAGACACGCUGAUCAGUACAAGGAGCAGAUUGAGAAGAUGAACGGGCGCGUGAAGGCGCUGAAGCGGCAGCUGGACGAGACGGAGGAGGAGGUGCAGCGGGAGAAGGUGUGCAAGCGCAAGGCGCAGCGCGAGCUGGAGGACAUGCUGGAGGCGCACGAGACUCUCGCGCGCGAGUGCAACAACCUCCGCAACAAGCUCAGACGGCAAGGUGGAGCCAUCGGGCUCUCGGGCGCGUCGUCGUCGUCGCGCAUGAAGCGCUCGUCGCUGGCGGCCGGGGCCGGCUCCGGCGCCGGCGCCGGCUCCGGGGACGAGUCGUUCGACGACGUCAACGACACCACCAACAGCGUCGAGUGACGCGCCACCACUGGCACCGCCGGCACCGGAGUGGGCAAACACUUUACUUAGCUUUCUGUUUAUGUCCCAUUAGUCUAGGUGCAAUGAUGGCGCCACUAUCGC